AUGAACGAGGAGACGGAGGAGUCGCAGCUGCCCGAGGAAGUGGUGGAGGCUGAGGAGCAGGAGGAGGAGCAACAGGAUGAAAAGCAGGGAGAGCAGAUGCCCCAACAGGACCGAGAACAGGAGGAGGUAGAGUCUGAGGGGGUGCGGCAGAAAGAGGAGGAGCUAAAUGAGGAAGAGGUGCAGCAGGAGCCGGAGGAGGUGCACGCCGAGCAGCAACCGCAGACUGUGGAAGGGCAGCGGGAGGAGGAGAUGCACCAGGAGCAGGACGAGGUGCAGCAGAGUGAGGUGAUACAGCAGGAGGAGGUGCAGACUGAGGAGAUGUCACAGACUGAGGAGAUGUCACAGACGGAGGAGCAGCAGCAGACGGAGCAGGAGCAGCGGGUUGAAGGGGAGCACAUUGAGGAGGUGCAGGACUUUGACGACGCUCUGGAGCAGAACCACAGCAACCAGGUCCUGAGCCGCCUGAGAGGGAUGCAGAAAUAUAAAUGUGCCUCGCAGAGGCUGAAGGGGGUCCUGGAGCAGAUGGACCGGGGUGUCGUGGACCUGCUGGAACUCCGCAGGAACCUGGAGCUCGCUACAGUCAUGUUGGACAACGUUUACACUGAUGAGACCAAGCGUCUGUUGGACACCGAGGACGAGCUCAGCGACUUGCAGGGGGAGUCGGUGCCCAAAGAAGUACGGGAUUGGCUGGCAUGCACCUUCACCAGGAAGAUGGGUGUGGCCAAGCGUCGCCCUGAGGAGAAGCCGAGAUUCCGGAGCAUCGUCCAUGCGGUGCAAGCUGGGAUAUUUGUCGAAAGGAUGUACAGACGGACAUCUAACAUGGCUGGUCUGACCUACCCUCCCACGGCUUUGACAGCUCUGAAGGAAGUGGAUCACUGGUCGUUUGAUGUCUUUUCCUUCCACGAGGGCACCGGAAACCAUGCCCUCAAGUUCCUGGUCUACGACCUGAUGAACCGCUAUGACCUCAUCAACAGGUUCAGGAUCCCGCUGCAGGCUCUGAUGCAGUUUGUUGAAGCUCUGGAGAACGGCUACAGUAAACACAAGAACCCCUACCACAACCUGAUCCACGCCGCCGACGUCACUCAGACCGCCCACUUCCUGAUGCUGCACACUGGACUGAUGCACUGGCUCAGCGAGCUGGAGAUUCUUGCGAUGGUUUUUGCUGCAGCAAUUCACGACUUCGAACACACAGGAACCACCAACAACUUCCACAUCCACGCCAGGUCGGAUGUUGCCAUUCUCUACAACGACAGGUCGGUGCUGGAGAACCACCACGUCAGCGCCGCCUACCGGCUGAUGGCCGAGGACGACAUGAACAUCCUGGUCAAUCUGAGCAAGGAUGACUGGAGGGAGCUGAGGGCUUUGGUGAUAGAGAUGGUGAUGUCCACAGACAUGUCCUGUCACUUCCAGCAGAUCAAGACCAUGAGGAACACCCUGACACAGACAGACAGUCUCGACAAAGUGAAGGUUUUGUCUCUGAUGCUUCACGCGGCAGACAUCAGUCAUCCAGCCAAAGCCUGGCCGCUGCACUACCGCUGGACUCACAGUCUGAUGGAGGAGUUCUUUAGACAGGGAGACAAAGAGGUGGAACUCGGCCUUCCUUUCUCUCCUCUCUGUGACCGCAAAUCCACCAUGAUCGCCCAAUCACAAAUAGGUUUCAUAGACUUCAUCGUGGAGCCGACUUUCAGCGUUCUGAUCGACACCACAGAGAAAGUGAUUGGUCCUCUGAUAGAAGAGGACAGGAAGGCCAGAGAGACAGGAAACCGGAGGUCCAGUCUGACAGGAAGUGGUUCGGUUACCGUGGAGUCCGUGCAGAAACACAGUAGUGGUCGCUAUGGGAACAGCAAUGAUGGACAGAUGGACUUUUCCCUGACAGCCAUCGACCUGCCAGCUCUGAAAGUCCACCUAUCCGGCUUCAUCGUUAGUAACAAGGACAGGUGGAAAGAGCUGUCUGUGCACGAGCUGGCCAAUAAGGAGCAAGAGGAAAAAGAGAAAGUGGAGUCCAACGUCAACACGGACGUACAUUCCCACGCCUCGCCCAGUCACAGUGUCCCUGACGGACACACCUCUGACCAAUCACAGAACCCAGAGGGCUCCACUCCCGAGGAACCUCAAGGUGACAUGUCGCCCGUCCACCUCCUGUCCUGGAACGGGGCGAGGCCCGAGGAGGAAAAGGAGGAAGACCAAGAUGAAGUGCCUGAAAACGUCUGAUGGCGCUCCACGGUGAACUCACCGCUCGAUCUGACUGUGGAAGAUCACCAUGGCAACAGGUGGAACGGUGCAGUGACAACGAGGGUUUGGGCGCUUCUGUUUAAACACAGCAGCUGGCUCGGUGGCCCCUCAGUGGCCCCUCAGUGGCCCCCAAAGGGCCACUCGGCCAUAUGUUUACGACUGACAAUGGAGACACGGCAUUCAACGAGACAACAUUCAUCAGGCAACAGCUUCUUAGCGGCGUCAUGGUCAAUUCACUGUGGUGAAAGUGUUUUAUGGUUUUAAUAGAGGCUCAGAGGAGCACUGUCUGUGAAAUAAGUGGAAAUAUAUACAUUUUAAUUUUAAAAUGAAGAUUGACGGGUGUAAACCACAGAGCGUCCAGUGGCUGUUCACGGCGUGGGCAGGAUACACUUCUAUUAUCUGGAGGCAGGAGACUUGGAGCUGUUAGGAGGCGGUCGUGGAGGUUUAGUGGAUCGAGCAGGCCCGUUGUGACUUUUUAGAACUCGUUAGGAGCGUGACGAGGGAUUUCUGCUCUGUUGUCAGUUCUGGGCUCAAAUAAUCAAACAUGUUGUGCUUCUGGUCACGCCCCAAUAUAUGAUGUCAUAGCCACGAUAGCCACGAUAGCCACGUGGCUUUUGGUCCAGACUGAAAUAUCGAAUGGACCGCCAAGAAAGAAGAUGUAUUGUAAUGACUUUGUUGAUCAUUUUAUUUUUCAACAACUAUGAACUGUAUUAACCCUUUGUCUCGUUCCACAUGGGAACAAAUACCUGCACAAAUAAUGACAUUCCCAUCAGCUUCAGCUGUACUUUGUAGUGCAUACUAACUCGACUAACUAAAAUAGUGAAUACUAUACACAUUAUACCUGGUAAACAGUGUUAAAAAAAAACGGCAUUCAAGUUUAAAAUUGAGAUAAAAUGACCUGGAUCUUCUUCUUUAGCAUCCAUGUGCCCAUAGAGCAAUCACACUCGCGUUAAUGGAAACGGGCUCAUUCAAAUGAAAGGAGGAAGGAACAUAACUCUGCAUUCGGCUGUUAGUCUCUUACAACUUUUAGGACCUAAUGAGUUAGAUAAGGGCUAUUGAAAAAGAAAAAAAACACCCUCUGAAUUACUGUUGUCUCUUUCCCAACGUAAAUCUAUGUGAUAAAGUGUAUUUCUGGGCCCCAUGGCAUCACAUGACGCUUCAAAGCCCUGUCCCGUUAGCUUAUCUGUCGUGAACAUGUUAGCUUGCUGACGUUAGCAUUUAGGCCAAAGCAUUGCAGUGCCAAAGUAGCCUCACAGAGCCACUAGCACGGCUCUAUGCUCUUAGUCUUGUUACUUGAUUGGGUAGUGAUUUAUUUCCCCCCAUGAAUGCAAGUAGAGGAUACGGUUAAACUGGCACUUUAUCGCUGAACAAUCCUAAAUGUGCGUUACGGGAAAACCAAUAGAAAAUUGUUAGCAAACACAAAUCCACUGUUGUUGGUACAAAAGUCUCAGCAAGUCAAAAAAUAUUAAAAAUCUCAUAUUGUAUUUGCAUGCAUUUGACUGCUGGAUUGUUUUUGCAUUGCACCUGCAAAUGGCCAGUACUAGCGGUUGCUGUACGAAUGUUGUGUGUGUGUGUAUGUGUGUGCUUUACCCUAGAAAGCAACUCAGCAAAGUUCAUCAUUAUUAAACAUGUAAUCUUCACAUUUUUACAUCGAAACAAUUAUUUUCUGUUCCUCAAAAACACAAUAUUUCUGAUGGCUCUUCCUAAACCUGGGGGCAUAUAUCCAAUCCAAUAUUGCUGUGUAGCUGUGACUUUAAAAGAUGUAUUUCACUCCUGUCUCAUAUCGUUUAAACGGACCAAAUGGUGCUUUAUUAAUUGAAACCGGUACCUGCUAUAAAAAAAUCACUGUUUGGGAUGUGGGCCGAAGUUUGAACCCAGGCAGAGGAAAGCGGCAGCAGUGAAUCAGUGUGGAUUUAUAUCCAUCCCUCCAUUCAUUUUCAUCCGCUUAAUCCGGGGUCGGGUCGCGGAGGCAGCAGACCCAGCAGGCUGACCCAGGCUUCCCCUCUGACCUGCAACACUUUCCAGCUCAUUCUGGGUGUUCCCGAGGCGUUCCCAGGGCAGCUGGGAGAUAUAAUCCCUCCAGCGUGUUCUGGGAUUUAUAUCCGUCAAAUGGGAAAGUCAGAGACACACAGACAGAUCACCUGCGACUAAUUUAAAAGGACGUUCUUCGGUUGUUGUUUUUUUUACACCGUCUUGUACUUAGGGUUAAUAUACCCAUAUGCUAUCGUAAAAUUGUACUCUCCACCGUCUUUGUAGAAACUGCAGUGGAUAAAAGCACUUAAAAUGAAAACAGAUUUUAAGGUGCGAUCGUCAGAAAAUACCAGAAUGUUCCUUAGAAUGGACAGAAGCUCAGAAAUCAGACAGCUCCUGUUGCUUCUGCACUCUUACUAUUAAAACCACGUUGCUGUCACUUCUCCUGACUGUGAAUAAGGAACAGUGCCAUCCAUAAUACCACGCUGGUGACAAGAAAACACCGGUUCCUAUAGCAACGGCCAAACGAGCUGAACAUGGCCGACAGUGGAAAGUCUUUAGAUCCUCGGAGCACUGUGUCCGUUCAUGCUAUGUGUGCUCUAGUCAUCAUGUGCUUUUUGGCUCUAUGUGUGUGUGUGUGAGAGUGAAUGUGUGCACUGUAUACUGUACAGCUGUUUUCUGUAUUAUUGUAUUAAACAUUCAGAGCUCCAGUCUCCUCCUAUUAUUA